UUCCUGUGAAGGUGACACAGUGGGAAAGAUGGCGACGGCCUUCCUGACCCACCAGCAGAAAGUCCUUCGACUUUACAAGAAAUCGCUGAGACAUUUAGAAUCAUGGUGUAUUUUCAGGGAUAAAUAUCGUUUCUAUGCAUGUUUGCUGCGAGCACGCUUUGAUGAGAACAAACCUGAGAUAGACAUGAUCAAGGCCACCCUGAUGCUGAAGGCAGGUGAGGAAGAGUUCUGGGCCAAUCAGCACCCACAGCCCUACCUGUUCCCAGACUCACCUGGAGGAACAUCCUACGAGAGAUAUGAGUGCUACAAAGUCCCUGAAUGGUGUCUGGAUCACUGGCACCCAUCAGAGAAAGCCAUGUACCCUGAUUACUUUGCUAAGAGAGAGCAAUGGAAGAAGCUGAGAGCUCAGAGCUGGGAUAGAGAGGUCCAGCAACUGCAGGCUGAAACACCUGCUGAUGGUCCUAAAUCCGAGGCCCUGCCUCCUGCCCGCAAGGAGGGUGAUCUCCCACCCUUGUGGUGGCAGUUUGUCACCCGCCCCAGAGAGCGGCCCAUGUGAGGCCUUAUGUGUCAGAAUUUACCUCUGAGAUGUUUGGCUCCUGUACACUUGAGUUCUAUGAGUUCACCCCUUAUAAAUAUAUUAAAAUAUUAUGUGAGAUACGGAAUUUUUGUGUGGAUUUUCUUAUAUCUUAUACACAGCAAAAUCGCUGGUGUCAAAUGUUCAGGGACGGUGUUGAAUUCCCAGUGUUGACAUUAUUUUAACACUAUAUAGUAAUAAAACUACACUACCAUUGUUUUCCGCAAGAAAACAAGAGUGUAUUCUCAAAUCAGGCCACGCCUCCACUGAAUGACUGCCACCUGUCUGAAGGCCGCCAUUUUAUUUUGCACGAGGACGAGAAGACAGCAGGUAAAUCAGAUGUUAUUGCAUGAUAAUUAUUAUUAAACCAAAUGAAUGCACGAAAUGCAGAAAAAUUUGUUGUGGUGACCACUUUAAUUUCUUUUGCAACUGUUUUAAAGUCUGGUUAAUGUUAAAUCGCCACGUUGUGCUAAACUGUUAACUGCCCUAUUUUAAACCAUCGUUAACACGGCCACGACUUAAUUAAACGAGAGCACGAACUAGUUUGUUAGUAUAAAACUGUUUUAAGCCAUAAUUAUAAGUUAUGUACACGAGAUAUGAACGAUUAAAAAAUAGGCCUAAAAUUGGCGGUAAAAUGAAUGACAUAUUUAUCAUAUUUGUUCGUUUUAUGUUUGUCACAUAAUAGGUAAUGAGCCCGUUUAUAUAUGCACAACAACAAGCUGAUAGCUGUUCAGUUUGUAUGAAAGUAUGGAAAAACACAUUCAGACAUCAUGUUGUUGGUUCGAGGUAACGUAGGCUAAUGUGCUACAUGCAUCGUAAAAUACCCGUUAAAUGCCACAAUCUACUCUCCUCCAUCCAGUUUAUUGUGUUUGUUUGACAAAAAAACGUUGUCGUUUUGUUAAUCAUAAUUGGUGGAUCAACCGCGCUGGAUGGGUGCAGAGGCAGCAGGUAAAGUUAGUGGCUUUCUAACUGCUGAUUUACAGCACCUGCGAGGCAGACAGGAGAAAUAAUAUCAAGCUUACGCUUUAUAAGUAUCAUAUAUAUUUGUAAGCAAAACUUGAUGGCUUGGUCAAUUGAUCAAAAAUCCAUGUAUUAUUUUAGCUCUUACUGUCGCCAUUAGCUAACGAGCAUGGCAAAUAGGCUACAGCUAACACGUGCAUGACAAACGCAUGGUUUUCUGCAUUUCGGCGGUAUCAUGUGCUAGUUUAGUUACAAGUAGAUUAAAUGAACAUAACUACUACGUUCAAAUCCUAACAACGAGUGUUUUAUUCUGAAUAAAUGCUGGUUUAGGCGGAGUGCAGAGGACACCCGAAAUGGAUCCGAAUCUCUACGAAAAACGACUGUGUAAAUUCUAUAAAUUCAUUCUUCAAGCUUCAUACAAGCUCCACUUGCCACCUGAAACCAAUGUGCUCCUAAAAGAUUGUGCUGGAGUUGAUGUGGAUGCUGAUAUUUUUGAUGAUGUCCUGCAAGCUGAGGCAGAGUUCUCUGGAUCCUGAUGGAUGCCCUGAGUCAUAAUUUUCAUCGGUAGAAUCAAAGUUCUGACCUCACAGUAAUUGUACACUCUUCAAAUGCUUGCAAAAGACUGCUUUUAGAAUAAUCACCAGUAAUGUGUCAAAAGAUGUAAGCUUUAAUAUUGAAAGCUGGAAUAUUUUAUUUUUAUGUUUUUGUCAUCGUUUACUCACCCUCAGAUUGUUCCAAACCUGUAUACAUUUCUUUGUUCUGCUAAACACAAAGGAAGAUAUUCGGAAGAAUGUCAGUAACCAAACAGGUCUCAUCCCCCAUUGACUCCCAUAGUAUUUAUUUUCCCUACUAUGGCAGUAAAUGGGGGAUGAGAUCUGUUUAGUUACUGACAUUUUUCCAAAUCAUAGACUCACUAGAAGUCAUCCGUUUCAUUUUCAUCAAGUUAUUAUAAAAGCAGGAUAAAGACUUAACACCAAUAUAAAACAAAGACCCCAGAUCAUUCAAUAACUAUAUUUUAUAUAUGCAGCAGUAAGUAUACAGGAAAACAUACAGAAAGUGAUUUUAACUUCAACUGCACAUAGUUGAAAUCAACUCUCAGUACAAACUACUCAAACUAUGAUACUGCGAACAAAAACAAAGCUAACUUGUACUAGAUAUCAGCCUUUAGAAAAAGAACAUUUUUGUUAGCACAAAAUCAGCAUAGACAGAAUUUGGUAGCUUUAAAAAUAUCUCCAAAUGCUCUGAAAUUAAAUAGCUAGAUAUUCAUCAUCUGAAAUACAGGCUGUUUAGAACCGAAGAUUUUUACAUAGACAUUUUAAAACAUUUUAGUAGAGAGCGAGAGUACAUACAAGAUUAUAGCAUCAUAUGCAAGGAAGCAUCCGCUAAUUUGUUACGAAUUUCACAAAUUUUUUUACACGUUUGUACUGAGACAACAUUACUAGGCUGGUUCACUGAGAAGAAAUAAUUCUGAUCACUGACUUGUCACAUAACUGUAAAUUUGUAUUUGACGGUUUCACACAGUAUGACUACAUGGUACAUUGAGAUUGGAUACUGUACAUCAAUAUAAUGAAAUGGACACGGUGAGAAAUUGUGCUUCCCCUAAACAACGCGUGUCUACAGACCAAAGGUGAGUGUGGACCUGCUGUCCUCUACUGGGUUUGAAUGAAUGAAAAAUAAAUUUGUACAAAAACAAUACAAACAGAA